AGUGGACUGGAGAUGUGGAUAAAAUAUGCACUGGGCAAUUUUGGGGUCUCCAGCUCCUUCAGUAUAUGCUUCAUAAAAUCACGAUAAUCCUGGAUCCUACCGUUCGUAUCCGCCCUCCAUUCUUGACUUUCCAGUAGAGAAGCUACCCGAGCGAUCAAUUGAGACUGCAUCAAGCACACCACGAUCAUCUUUCACCAUGUCAACCGAGAUCGUAACACCGGAAUUAUCGCAGGUUGAGCGCCAUGGCUACCUCUUUGGCCAUCCCAUCUCACACUCCAUGUCGCCUCUGCUGCACAAGACUGUAUACGACAGCUUAGGUCUGAACUGGGCGCAAAUUCCUAUGGACUCAACGGACAUGAAUCUCUUCCUGCAGCUAAUAAAACACCCGCAAUUCUACGGAGCUUCCGUAACGAUGCCUCACAAAGUGGCCAUUAUCAAGCAUCUCGACAGUCUUACAGAAGAAGGCGCAGCCGUAGGUGCUGUGAACACCAUUUUCCUUGAAGAAGACUCAGCCGGAAGACGCUUGUUCAAGGGGACGAACACAGAUGUCAUCGGAGUCAGAGACGCAUUCCGCUACAACGUUGAUUCAGAAAAAUUCCACAACCGGCCGGCACUAGUGAUCGGCGGAGGUGGUGCAGCGAGAAGUGCAGUUUACGCUCUGAGGACGUGGAUGAAAGCCAGCGCGAUCUAUCUUGUGAACAGAGAUCCAGAGGAAGUGCGCGCUGUCAUCGAUGAAUGCACAGCUCGAGGCUACGGCGACUCAUUAGUUCACGUGGAAACCGUGGCGCAAGCAGAGAAAUUAGAAGGCGUAGGCGCUAUCGUAGCCUGCAUACCGAAUCUCACCCCCAAAUCAACGCAGGAAAAGGAGGCACGUAAUAUCCUCGAAUGCUUCCUGCAGAAAGAUUCUCCCAAAGGUGCUAUCCUAGAGAUGUGCUAUCACCCCACCCCGUGGACGGAGAUCGUUGAGAUUAGUCAGAAGGCUGACUGGCAGGUUGUUAUUGGAACGGAGGCUUUGAUAUAUCAAGGCUUGGAGCAGGAUAGGUAUUGGACAGGGAAGGAGGUGAAGCAAUUACCAGUGGAAAAGGUACAAGAAGCUAUUGCAGCAAAGCUAAAUGAACCGAAACUGUAG